AUAGGAGUUAGGUAAUUGGAGGCAGUGGCAGGAGAAAGUCGGGGCUCGGCGCUCCUCCCUUGGAUUUCCACUUGUUUGGCCACCUGCCGCCUUAGACACGCGCCAGCAUGAGCGACGUGGAGGAGAAUAACUUCGAGGGGAGGGAAUCACGCUCCCAGUCAAAAUCUCCAGCUGGGAGUCCUGCUCGUGCAAAAUCUGAGAGCAGGUCACGAUCUCAUAGCCCAUCAAAAGCUUCUAAACAUUCUGAAUCACACUCUCGGUCAAGAUCAAAAUCCAGAUCUAGAUCCAGAAGACAUUCUCACAGGCGAUAUACUCGCUCUAGAUCCCAUUCUCACAAGCGGCGAUCACGAAGUAGAUCUUAUACCCCAGAAUAUCGGCGUCGAAGGAGCCGAAGCCACUCUCCUAUGUCUAACCGAAGAAGGCAUACUGGCAGCAGAGUAUGUAGUGCUAAUCCGGAUCCUAAUUUAUGUCUUGGAGUGUUUGGCCUCAGUUUAUAUACUACUGAGAGAGAUCUUCGAGAAGUCUUUUCCCGUUACGGACCAUUGAGUGGAGUCAAUGUGGUGUAUGAUCAACGGACUGGGCGAUCAAGAGGAUUUGCUUUCGUUUACUUUGAAAGAAUAGACGAUUCUAAAGAGGCUAUGGAACAUGCAAAUGGAAUGGAGCUGGAUGGUAGAAGAAUCCGAGUAGAUUACUCUAUCACAAAGAGAGCACAUACACCCACCCCUGGUAUCUAUAUGGGCAGACCAACUCACAGUGGAGGUGGAGGUGGUGGAGGAGGAGGAGGUGGUGGAGGAGGAGGAGGAGGAGGAACUGGCCGUCGCCGUGAUUCCUAUUAUGAUAGAGGAUACGACAGAGGAUAUGACAGAUAUGAAGAAUAUGAUUAUCGCUAUAGGUAA